GGAGUUGUUCAGCUGGUGCUCCCGCCGGCUGCAGCGCGUUCCUGCAUCGCCCGCCACCCGUCUGGGGGCCGGCCCCGCCCGGCCGCGGCUCCCUGCCACCCUCUCGCGCGCGCGCUCGGGGUGGGGCCUGGCGGCCGGCGGAGAUGCCGCCGGAGCGCGGGGCGGGCGCUACGAGCCGGCGGGGCGGCGCGCCGGGGCAGCCCGAGCCGCGCGCCGCGUCGCUGUAAUCGGAAACCCGAGCGCUCGCCCCCCACGCCCAGCCACUUUCCAUUCACGCCGAGGUGCUUGAUUGAGCGACGCGGAGAAGGGCUCCGGGUGCCGCGGCGCUGCAGCGCCCAGGAUUCCUUUACAAAGAAACUCGGAGGACCGGGAAGAAAGAAUUCGCUGCUGGGACGCUCUAGAAAUUAGGGUCUGGGAAAAAGGAUAGACAGCACGCGGAGCCACACCGGUAGCAAAUUGAUGACUUUUCCGUGCUGAUCCCUUCUCACGUCGGUAUAUUCCCUCAGAUACUGACUUGAAAAUCUGAAGAAAUGGCAUUCCAGGCAAUUUGCAUGUUAGUUGGAGUAUUUGUUUGUUCUAUCUGUGUGAAAGGAUCAUCUCAGCCCCAAGCAAGAGUUUAUUUAACAUUUGAUGAACUUCGAGAAACGAAGACCUCUGAAUACUUCAGCCUAUCCCACCAUCCUUUAGAUUACAGGAUAUUAUUAAUGGAUGAAGAUCAGGACCGGAUAUAUGUGGGCAGCAAAGAUCACAUUCUUUCCUUGAAUAUUAACAAUAUAAGUCAAGAACCUUUGAGUGUUUUCUGGCCAGCAUCUACAAUCAAAGUUGAAGAGUGCAAAAUGGCUGGCAAAGAUCCCACACAUGGCUGUGGGAACUUCGUCCGUGUCAUUCAGGCCUUUAAUCGCACUCAUUUGUAUGUUUGUGGGAGUGGUGCUUUCAGCCCCGUCUGUACUUAUUUGAACAGGGGGAGGAGAUCAGAGGACCAAGUUUUCAUGAUUGACUCCAAGUGUGAAUCUGGAAAAGGACGCUGCUCUUUCAACCCCAAUGUGAACACCGUAUCUGUUAUGAUCAAUGAGGAGCUUUUCUCUGGAAUGUAUAUAGAUUUCAUGGGGACAGAUGCUGCUAUUUUUCGAAGUUUAACCAAAAGGAAUGCAGUCAGAACUGAUCAACACAAUUCCAAAUGGCUAAGUGAACCUAUAUUUGUGGAUGCACAUGUCAUCCCAGAUGGCACUGAUCCAAAUGAUGCUAAGGUGUACUUUUUCUUCAAAGAGAAACUGACUGAUAAUAGUAGAAGCACCAAACAGAUUCAUUCCAUGAUUGCUAGAAUAUGUCCUAAUGACACUGGUGGACUGCGUAGCCUUGUCAACAAGUGGACUACCUUCUUAAAAGCAAGGCUGGUAUGCUCAGUAACUGACGAAGACGGCCCAGAAACACACUUUGAUGAAUUAGAGGAUGUAUAUCUGUUGGAAACUGAUAAUCCAAGGACAACACUAGUGUAUGGCAUUUUUACAACAUCAAGUUCAGUUUUUAAAGGAUCAGCAGUAUGUGUGUAUCAUUUGUCUGAUAUACAGACUGUAUUUAAUGGACCUUUUGCCCACAAAGAAGGGCCCAAUCAUCAGCUGAUAUCCUAUCAGGGUAGAAUUCCAUACCCUCGCCCAGGAACUUGCCCAGGAGGAGCAUUUACACCCAAUAUGAGAACCACUAAGGAGUUCCCGGAUGAUGUUGUCACUUUUAUUCGGAACCAUCCUCUCAUGUACAAUUCCAUCUACCCAGUCCACAGAAGGCCUUUGAUUGUUCGUAUCGGCACCGACUACAAGUACACAAAGAUAGCUGUGGAUCGAGUGAAUGCUGCUGAUGGUAGAUACCAUGUCCUGUUCCUUGGAACAGAUCAUGGUACUGUGCAGAAGGUGGUGGUUCUUCCUACUAACAACUCUGCCAGUGCUGAGCUCAUUCUGGAGGAGCUGGAAGUCUUUAAGAAUCAUGCUCCUAUAACAACAAUGAAAAUUUCAUCGAAAAAGCAACAGUUGUACGUGAGCUCCAACGAAGGGGUUUCCCAAGUCUCUCUGCAUCGCUGCCACAUCUACGGCACAGCCUGUGCUGACUGCUGCCUGGCAAGGGACCCUUACUGUGCCUGGGAUGGCCAUUCUUGCUCUAGGUUCUACCCAACUGGGAAGCGGAGAAGCCGAAGACAAGACGUGAGACAUGGAAAUCCAUUGACUCAAUGCAGAGGAUUUAAUUUAAAAGCAUAUAGAAAUGCAGCUGAAAUUGUUCAGUAUGGCGUAAAAAAUAACACCACUUUCCUUGAGUGUACUCCCAAGACUCCACAGGCAUCUGUCAAGUGGCUGUUACAGAAAGACAAAGACAGGAGGAAAGAGGUCAAACUGAAUGAACGAAUCAUAGCCACUUCACAAGGACUCCUGAUCCGCUCCGUUCAGGAUUCUGAUCAGGGACUGUAUCACUGCAUUGCAACCGAAAACAGCUUCAAGCAGACCAUAGCCAAGAUCAACUUUAAAGUUUUAGAUUCCGAAAUGGUGGCUGUUGUGACAGACAAAUGGUCCCCGUGGACCUGGGCCAGCUCUGUGAGGGCUUUGCCUUUCCACCCCAAGGACAUCAUGGGAGCGUUCAGCCACUCAGAAAUGCAGAUAAUCAAUCAGUAUUGCAAAGACACCCGGCAGCAGCAGCAUCAAGGAGAGGAAUCCCACAAGCUGAGAGGGGACUAUGGCAAGUUAAAGGCUCUCAUCAAUAGCCGGAAAAGCAGAAACAGGAGGAAUCAGUUGCCAGAGUCAUAAUGUUUUCUUACACAGCAUUUAUGCUUCCUGUAAGAAUGGUUUGUCUUCAAUGAUCAAAUUUUUGAGCAGAGAACCUUGUGCUUCACCCACAGAAAUUCCUGAGAAAGGUGGUUACUCACCCUAAAGUGAGUAUUACAUGAACUGAAAUGAGCAUUCAUCUUCUUGUAUGAUAUUGACUAGCACUAGACAUGUCAUGGUCCUCAUGGUGCAUAUAAAUAUUUAACUUAACCCAGAUUUUAUUUAUAUCAUUGUUUACUGUGUCUUCAAAAUCUAUAUGGGGCUAUAAAACUAGAAUUGUUACAUCCCUUAACUGAGUGAGGGUCAUAACCUGUGAUCUUCCUUUCUUGCUGUAGGGGUUUUGAUGUUUAAUUGUCAAUGAUUCUAUAUGUGAAAACAAAUGCUAAGUUAGGUACAAUGCUAGAAUAGGUACAAGUUAAGGGAGAGAGCUUCUAAAAGCCUAUAAGACAUGAGUGAUUAAUAAAGAGAAAAUGAGUUUAUAUGUUUCCUUUUUUAGGAAGACAAAAAUGAAUGACCUUCAACCAUAAGCAUCUUGAAUUGGAGUUAUAUCAGUUGAACACUGAAGUUUAUAUUCUUAUGUUACUAUCUUCCAAAUAAAAGCACUUUCUUUUUUUUGGAAGUUAUUUAAGAUAUUCUAAACUCAGAGAAUAUAAUCUUACACUGUUUAAUUGAUCAUUGUCUUUGUUCUAUUUUUCUAGUUGGUAUUUCAAAUUAAACAAUAUAAGAAGAAAAAAAUUUUGAAGUAUCAAACUUGUAUAUGAGGGCUAAAGCUAUCAAAAUGAGGAAAAAAGAAAAAACAAAGUAUUAAAAGUAAUUUUAAGAGAAUUUUAUUUAAGAAGUGGCCAGUUUUUAACUUCAAUAAUUAAUUUCAAUGACUAAAUCUCACUUUUUUGUUUAUUUACCAGCCUCAUACUGAUUUUUAUUUCACCAAUUCUUCUUUAGUGAUAUUUAGUGUAUGCAGGAGUGCUCAUUUUGUGGAGAAAGACAAUUCUCAUAUAACCAAAAAUAGACAUAUUUUCUUUAAGAGAAUGGUACAUUAUGAUCACUGGUAUAUAAAUACAAAUGUGGUAAGUUUUGUGAUGAAUAAAAUAAUUGUCUUGUAAUUAUAUGUUUGGAUUGUUUUAGUAGGAUAAUUUAAUAUUGAGUUUUUUACUCCAAAUAAUUAUAUGGAAGAAAUGUGAAAAGUUUCUUCAUAUUCUCAUACUUAGUUUAAAAACACAACUUUUCCACUUUCAUUUUAUUUACUUUGAAAGACAUUUCAUGUUACUGAAUGCAAACAGAAAAUUCAUCAUUUACCAUAUCAAAAUCUACUAUAAAUGUUUUAUUUUAAUUAUUGUUAUUGUUUAGCUGACAAUCCCUUAAGAACAUAAGGUAGAUAUAUCACCUUUUUUAAGCACUGCAGUAUCUUUCUUCAAUAACUAAAAUCAUGGUCAAAAUGAAUGUGAUCAUUGAUCAGGAACUAAGAAUACAAUUUAUUAUUUAAGUGAUAAAUUAUGAUAAUAUAAGAGGAGGCCACAAUGGAGCAAACAUAGCAGUUAAAUAUAUGACAUAAAUAAUGUUCAUUCAAUUAAAAAAGCUACUAACAAGAGCUAUUGUUCCAAAUGUGUAUGAUUCUAAAGCAGUUUAGUGUACAAAUAGUUUGCAGGCUUCAAGGAUGUAAUUAAACUUCUUUAUUUCUCCUUUACACACACAAAUAGAAAGGUGUGUCAAUGCCAAAAUCACCUGUGUUUUUGGCCAAUCUAUUCUAUGUAACAAAGUUGAAAAUAAAAUUGUUUUAGAGUCAGAGGAUAGGAUAAACUACACAGGUCCCCUUGCUUCAUGUGAACCCAAACUGAAAGACAGUAAAGGUGUUGGUUUUGUAAAAGUAUUUGUGCUAUUUAAUACGUCCUCCUUUGAACUUUAUUAUUGUAUAUACUUCUAUUACUUAUUUAAAAAUUACAGAAAUCCUUCCUGAACAUAACUGCCAAAUAGAAAGAAAAUUUUCUUUUUCAAAAAUACUGUUUAUGUAUACUGAAUGUUGGUGGCUGAUUGGUUUUGUUUUGUGUAGUUUCACAAUUCAAUGACUUUCAUUGUUUUCAAAUGAACUGUACGUAAAAUUACCUAGAAGCGCACUUUUUUUCAAAGUGUAGGUUUGUGAAUAGAUUUUAGCAUGAUGAAACUGUCAUUACGGUGAAUGUUCACUCUGUGUAAGAAAACAAACUAAAGGUAGUUAGCACAUUAAUGUUUAAUUGGAAAUCGAAGAAAUCCUUUGCCUUGCAAAAUAAAAUGUUGAAUUUC